AUGUCAAGAAUAAUAAUUAAUGACAAUACAUGGAUAGAAAUCAAGGAUCCACAUACUGCACAUAUCUUUUAUGCUAAUCCUGAUCCAAAGGGUGAAUGGUGGGAAUUAUGGGAUGAGGCUCAUCAAUUGCCGUAUUAUUAUCAUACAUUGACUGGUAGGACAGAAUGGAUUCAACCUGAAUUUGGUACUAUAAUCCCUUUAACAAAAAUCCAGACAAAGGAAAAGGAGCGUAAAAAAGUCGAAGCUGUUGCUAAUAGAAAACGUAGUCAAAGAAUUAUCGAAAAGGAAAUUGCAAAGAAAGAGACUGAACGUCUUGUAAAAGUAGAAGAAGAAUCUAACCCUAUGUUACAAAAAGGUGCUAAAUAUUCUAUUGGUGCUAGAUCAAAUGGAGCCAGAUUAACUCGACAAUCACACAAAAGAUCACAUACCGAAAUUGAAGAUGAAGUAGAUCGUGAACAACGUUAUAAGGUACAGAGAGCUGCAAGAGAAUCACGUAUGCUACGUAGAAAUGGCGGUGAUAUAAGCCAGGAACCUUCAGAAAAUG